GCAGGGUUGCAACACCUACACUCGUUUCAUGUUUAAAGCCAGCAGUAAUGUGAUGCCCCUUGCUUUCUCUAAAGAGGAUUUCUGGAAAUAUAAGCAGUGGCCUCCUCCAUCACUUGUUGUCACUGAGGCUGUGAAUCUUCUGGUCAAGAAGAAGAACCGAUGAGUCCCCCUUGGCUGGUAGUGUGAAGUCAUGGCUAUCCUGUUCGCUGUUGUGGCGAGGGGCACAACCAUCCUUGCCAAACAUGCCUGGUGCGGAGGAAACUUCCUGGAGGUGACAGAGCAGAUCCUGGCGAAAAUACCAUCUGAAAACAACAAACUGACCUAUUCACAUGGGAAUUAUCUGUUUCAUUACAUCUGCCAAGACAGGAUUAUAUACCUCUGCAUCACAGAUGAUGACUUUGAACGAUCCAGAGCCUUCAACUUCCUGAAUGAAAUCAAGAAGAGGUUUCAGACCACAUACGGCUCAAGAGCACAGACAGCCCUUCCCUAUGCAAUGAACAGCGAGUUCUCAAGUGUCUUAGCUGCACAGCUGAAAUACCACUCGGAGAGCAAGGGCACUGACCAGGUGGCAGAGACGCAAGCUCAAAUCGAUGAACUUAAAGGAAUCAUGGUUCGAAACAUAGACCUUGUGGCACAAAGAGGAGAGAAGCUGGAGUUACUGAUCGAUAAAACAGAGAAUCUUGUGGAUUCGUCAGUCACUUUCAAAACUACCAGCAGGAACCUUGCUAGAGCCAUGUGUAUGAAGAACCUCAAGCUUACCAUCGUCAUCAUCAUUGUAUCAAUUGUUAUCAUCUAUAUCAUUCUAUCGGCUGCCUGUGGUGGGCUUGCAUGGCCGAGCUGUGUGCAGAAGUAACUGGAGGCAGCGGGUGCUGGUCACUUGGAGAUGAGAAUCACAGGAGUGUGAAGAAGCAACCUACAGAAUAACUCUUAAUCUUUCACUACUGACACCUUCUCAUUCUUCCAUCCCUCCAGGACUUUGGCCUUUUUUGCCUUAUCACCCCAAACAGGCCCAGCUGGUCACUGCUUCGGUGCAGCUGUAACCUCAAGAAUGGGCUGUUUUAAAUUACUUGAAGGGAUUUUUUUGUUUCUUUCUCUGUCCCAAUGACACCCUUCUCGGCUGGGCGGGCGGUUCGUCCAGCUCUGGAGGGUUAUGUGCAUGCUCGCCCGUGUGUCCGUGUAGCUUUGCACUUUCCUGUGAGCGCGCAAGUGGAGGACAGCACUGCUAGCAGCUGUCCUGCCCGUGAGGGUGGUGGUGGAGCGUGGUUCAGGGUGGGCAGGACAAGGUGGGUGUAUGUCUGAAUUUCCACCUUUUAACAAAUAUUGGAGAUCCAGGUUGCUUCUCCCUGCACAUCUGGCCUGAUGCCGUUCUGUAGUGUUUCAACAUGUAGAGGUUGCAAGUGUAAUACUGGUAGUGACAACAAGAAUGGCUUCUGGGCUAGGGCAUUGAGCACUGUAAGAUGUAGGUGCUGCUUCUGUAUGAAAUCUCCCUUUUCCUGGAGGUCUUUCUGGAGGUGGUAGGAGAGGGUGUUGGGUCACCUCAGCAUUUUGGAAUGGCUGCCUCUUCAUCCUCACUUCUUCCUCAUCUCUCCUCCCCCUUAAU